AUGAGUUCGGAAACAGUAGCUCAUCACUACAACACUGUGCAACAACAAGGUCUAGCUGGCCGAGCUGAAAAUGAAUCACUUCAGCUGCUACGAGAGGAGAGUGUUAACAAAAUGUUUCGGCCACGCGUCUUGGAUCUGGCGUGUGGUAAAGGUGGAGAUCUCAGGAAAUGGAACAUCGCAAAUGUAGAUAGUGUUGUGAUGGCUGAUGUCGCACAGGUGUCACUCAAUCAAGCCAAGGAGAGGUACGAUGAAAUGGCACAACGUGAGCGAGGUGGCUUAUUUCCCGUCGAAUUCGUUCAUGCAGAUUGUUCGAAGGUGAGGUUUAAUGAAACAUUGACGACUGCUUUUUUGCUAUCAGCUUGUCCAUUAUACGUCACGAGGAGAUCUUUCGUGAUCCAUAGUAGUGUGAAGUGCGUCAGGGAAAUUCAUCUCAAGUAUCUGGUAACUUCAUCUUGGAAGCUUCGGUUGAGUAGCGCUCUUGAGAGUAGGACCUUGCACUGCAAAGGUAAUGUCGCGAAGCAACCCAAUAGAGUUAGCUGCGGGCUGUUUUUCUCCUCGAUUGCGGCAAGAAGUUUGUUCUCCAACGUAUGGCUUAAACUAUAG